GGGGCUGUCGCUGCUCCGUCUCAAAAGAUACGUCAAAAAGUAUUUGUAUCUGCUGCGAGUUGGAUGUAUCCAUCGUUGUCGCCGGCUGGUAUAUUGGCGUCCGAGCCGCGCGUAUCUGCGGAUCUUUAUCCGGAUUAUAGUUAGUUUGUUUUACUAAAUUAGUGAAAGCAUCUCAGAGCUAGCUGGACUGCAGUUAGGCUGACUUGGUUUAAAAAAAACCGAACAAUUCUGGUAGAUACGCGGAUGAAAUAAAAAGAACACAAGCCUAUUCCUCUCGCGUCCGCUCAACGAAAAUAAUAAUAGAUAAAGAAAAACCGAAGAAAUAAUUACGAAAAUGCGCCAAGAAAAUUAAAAAUCACAGAUAUAUCCAUCCGAUCGUACUACUAGGCGAGGAGAGUAUCUGAUUGUUUAUUUAUGUUGUGUAUGUGUGAGUGUGGGCCCCAAACAGCUGUUUGUGCAGAAAGAAAAGAAAAGCAACAACCGCAAGUAUCUCGAGUGUUGAAUAAAUUUCGUCAGCAGUCCCCACAAUAAAGAGUUCGACUCCCCAGCCGCCUAGCCGCCCACCCCAGUUCCCCAGUUCACGAACCACACCCGCUCGGAUGAGCGAUUCUGAUUGAAUCGGCGACAGAACAACCUGCGAAUCAACCGCCUGCGUCAUGUUUUUGCGGGAAAUGCUCCUCCUGGCCGGCCUGGUGCUGCUGCUCGGAGGCCUACCGCACCUCACGUCCACCACGACCACCACCACCCUGGUGGCCGCCAUGUCCAUUGCCAACCAGGACCUGGAGCGCUACUUUAGGCCGGCCAACGCCACACACACCUUUGCCGGCAUGGAGGAGCGGAUCGCCGUGGACUUCUACAACUAUGCCUUCCUCAACUGGUCGUACCUGGACCACGGAAACACGAUCUGUGAGACCGACUUUCCCCAGGAGCAGGCCCGCUACGGAGAGGGCCGUGUGCUAAACGUAACCGGCCGCCUGGUCCACAUCAGCACCACGGAGAACGUCAGCGACGACUACGCCUGCACUCCCUACAUUAGGGGCACCAUGGGAGCACCCACACCCGAAAAGGGUGUCACCUGGAUAGCGCUGGUCCGACGCGGCCGCUGUACCUUCGAGGAGAAGGUCAAGCACGUCUACCAGCAGAACGCCGCCGGGGUGAUCAUCUACAACGACAAGCAGGUGAUGCAGCUGGAGAAGAUGCAGAUCAAGGGCAAGACACGCAACAUUGCCGCUGUGAUAACCUACCAAAACAUUGGCCAGGACCUGGCCAUGACGCUGGACAGGGGCUUCAAUGUGACGCUCUCCAUCAUCGAGGGACGUAAGGGUGUACGGACAGUCAGUAGUUUGAAUCGAACUUCCGUGCUGUUUGUGUCCAUAUCCUUCAUUGUCCUGAUGAUUAUAUCCCUGGUCUGGCUCGUCUUCUACUACAUCCAACGCUUUCGUUACAUGCAAGCUAAGGAUCAGCAAUCGCGGAAUCUGUGCUCGGUGACCAAAAAGGCCAUCAUGAAGAUUCCCACAAAGACGGGAAAGAUCAGCGACGAGAAGGAUGUCGACAGUGACUGCUGUGCCAUAUGCAUCGAAGCCUACAAGCCUACGGACACCAUUCGGAUCCUGCCCUGCAAGCACGAGUUCCACAAAAACUGCAUCGAUCCGUGGCUCAUCGAGCACCGCACCUGCCCCAUGUGCAAGCUGGACGUGCUCAAGUUCUACGGCUAUGUGUUUCUGGGCAGCGAGGAGAGUAUCCUAGAGUACCAGCCCGAUCCGCCCGAGGCGGUGGUGGCGACGCCAGCCACUGCCCCAGAGUCAGGGGUGUCUGCUCCGGCUACGUCACGCGCCCUGGCGGAUCUCAUCCAGAGCCGUGACUUUGUGAUUGACUUUCCGCGCGUCUUUGUCCUGGACAGCGGCAGUGUGGUGGGCGCCCGGGACGUGCUCUUCCCGGACAGGCUGCCGGAACGGUCGCAGAGCUCCUUGUCGCUGAGGCAGGCCCGCGACUGGAUGAGCCUCAUGAGCAACAAGCUGGAGGAGCAGCAGGGGCUGCGGCGUCUGCGCAAGGAUGAAAUGCAGCAGCAACUCCUUACUGCCCGCGACUCAGCGCGACACCGUCGGUCGCGUUCGGCGGAUGGACGCUAUUCCACUGGCUGCUUUGGUGGCCGCCAGCGGCAGGCAACUGCUUCAGGGCAGCCGCAGCUCCAGCCGGAGGCAACCCAAGUACGUCGCACCAGCUCCACUCAGGCGCUGCAGCAGCUGACCGACGCCUCCUAUGCCCAAUCCCGGCAGCGGCAGCGUGAGACCUUCGACUUUGCCAGGACACGAAGGCGGUUCAUGAGGCGCGAGAGCGACGAGAUUUCCUUGCGCUCGUUGCCGCGACGAGGGGCUGGGCAUCCACCGCCUCCACCGCCGCCACAGAGGGGACGGGAGGUGGCAGGAGGAGCAGCGGCCUCCAACGACCAGGUCACCAUUCAAAUAAACGGCGAGGGGGUUGACCUGAACGAGUGAUAGCUAACGCUUACUUCCUUAUUCUCAAAUAUGUUACAAUAUAUAAAUAAAUGAAUAAAUAUUUUAGAAAUUAAAUAUAAA